AUGGCUUUGGACUCCAAGAUUCAGCCUCCAUCUGGGGGUAUUGAGGCUGUUCUACCGAACCAGACUACACCAUGGUACAAGCAAGCCCACUUGGUCAAACUCAAUAGUUUGAUCCUGGGCUUGGUAUGCUUCCAAUCUGCAAUUGGAUAUGAUGGAAGUCUCCUCAACGGACUUCAAUCUCUUCCCCAAUGGAGCGAAUUCAUGAACCAUCCUUCUGGUGAAUGGUCCGGCUUCAUCAACGCCAUCUACUUCAUCGGAUUCUUUGCAGCUUGCCCGCCUAGCUCCUGGCUUGCAAACAAAUACGGUCGUCGUCUACCAGCAUUCCUCGGCUUCAUUCCGCUAGCAAUUGGUACUGGCCUCCAGACAGGUGCUAAGACUGAGGCAGAGUGGAUCGCAGGCCGUUUUAUACUUGGUAUCCCAACUGCCAUGUUUGCGACAUCAAUCCCUCUUCUCAUUACUGAGAUCGCGUACCCCAGCCACAGAAGUGUCAUUACUGCUUUGACUAACUGUAAUUAUUUCAUUGGUGGUAUCAUUGCAGCUUGGUCGUGCUACGGUACGAGGAACUACACCGACUGGGCCUGGAGGAUACCGACCAUUCUCCAGAUCGCCUUGCCUCUUGUUGCACUUCCUGCUCUGAUCUUGGUGCCUGAGAGCCCUCGAUGGUUGGUAUCUGUGGGACGGGAAGACGCAGCUCGCGAGACUCUAGGAAAGCUGCACGCGGGCGGUGAUGCGAACCAUCCGCUUGUCGACUUCGAACUUCACGAGAUCACGACCGCCAUCGAGUCAGAGAAACAAGCAGAGAAGUCAAGCUCCUACGCGUCACUGGUAUCCACUCCAGCCCAUCGUCGCCGUCUCUUCAUCACUGCAUCAUUGGCAAUUUACAGUCAGUGGGUCGGUAACGGAGUCGUCAGCUACUACCUCUCCACUGUCCUUGCCACCGUCGGCAUCACCAGCGUCACUGAUCAAACUCUGAUUAUGGGAUGUCUUCAAAUUUGGAGUUUCCUGGCUGCAUGUGCUGGUGCUCUAUGUGUCGAGCGACUUGGACGGCGACUUCUACUCAUGAUUUCUUGUGCGAUCAUGCUUGUCAGCUUUAUCUUGAUCACAGCCAUGUCAGGAAGUUUUGCGCAGACUGGAUCACGAUCAGUUGGAAUCACCAUGAUUCCAUUUGUGUUCUUAUUCAAUGCUGGUUAUGCCGUUGCUAUAACUCCUCUUCAGGUUGCCUACCCCUUGGAGCUCUGGCCCUUCCAGCUACGCGGCCGUGGAAUCUCUGCAGCCUGGAUGAUUAUGAUCUUGGCUCUCAUUUUCAACGUUUUUGUCAACCCAAUUGCAUUGUCGGCUAUUGGCUGGAAGUACUACAUUGUUUAUGUCGUUCUUCUCGUCUCCUAUGGCUUCGUGAUCUUCUUCUUCUACCCCGAGACACGUGGACGUACACUAGAGGAGAUAUCGGUCAUCUUUGGUGACGCACCAGAGGGACUUUAUUCUGAUGAGCUGGACACGAAGCAGGUGAUUGAGAAAGCUGAUGUGAAGCAUCUGGAUUAG